UCCCUGCUGAGAGCCCGUUGGUGGAGGUCCGCUUGGCGUCUGGCCUGAGGAGGCUUGCAGUAAGUAGCUGUGGCUGAAGCAGGUAUCCUGGCAGAGUUGGCAGUAGAGAAGGCGCCAUGGACGAUCAAGGCUGCCCCAGGUGUAAGACCACCAAAUACCGGAACCCGUCUUUGAAGCUGAUGGUGAACGUGUGCGGACACACUCUGUGUGAGAGUUGUGUGGACUUACUGUUUGUGAGAGGAGCUGGAAACUGUCCUGAGUGUGGUACUCCACUUAGAAAGAGCAACUUCAGGGUGCAGCUCUUUGAAGAUCCCACUGUUGACAAAGAGGUUGAGAUUCGGAAAAAAGUGCUAAAGAUAUACAAUAAAAGGGAAGAAGACUUUCCUAGUCUAAGAGAAUAUAAUGAUUUCCUAGAAGAAGUGGAAGAAAUUGUUUUCAACUUGACCAACAAUGUGGAUUUGGACAACACCAAAAAGAAAAUGGAGAUAUAUCAAAAGGAAAACAAAGAUGUUAUUCAGAAAAACAAGUUAAAACUGACUCGGGAACAGGAGGAAUUAGAAGAAGCUUUAGAAGUAGAACGACAGGAAAAUGAACAGAGAAGACUAUUUAUACAAAAAGAAGAACAACUUCAGCAGAUUCUAAAAAGGAAGAAUAAGCAGGCUUUUUUGGAUGAACUGGGUCAACAUAUUUCAUUAGCACCUAUUCAAAAACUUGAAGAAGCGCUGUAUGAAUACCAACCACUGCAAAUAGAGACAUGUGGUCCAAAAGUUCCUGAGUUUGAGAUGCUAGGAAGACUUGGGUAUUUAAACCACGUCAGAGCUGCCUCUCCACAGGACCUUGCUGGGGGCUACACUUCUUCUCUUGCUUGUCACAGAGCUCUACAAGAUGCAUUCAGUGGGCUUUUCUGGCAGCCCAGUUAACCUUUAUUUCUCUGUUUAUAAGAUUUGGACCUUGGAGCUGAACCUGAGAGCUAGCAAAAGUGAAGCAGACUCGUAAAAUUAUAGCUGUGUGCAGCUGCACAGAACAGCUGCAUUAAAGUAUUUAUAAAGAGAAAUUUUCAGAAAGAAACAAAUACUGGGGAUACAUAUUUGGGAAAAAUAGUUUUUACUUAUAUUUUUCUGAGAGAGAUUGAUGCAGUAAGCUUCAUCUGAUGGAAGAGAGGAAUAAAUAAUUAACAUGUUGUGUUUAAGGUUGACAGACUUGUAAAAAUCUUUUCAAAAAUAAAGCUAGACUUUAUAUUAA